CAGGGUCCGGGAGGCGGGGCCGAGUCCGGGCUGCGGGCUGCGCUCAGGAGGCGGGCCCUGGGAGGCGGAGCUUAGGGAGGGGCCGGUGUCGGGAGGGACCCAGUGACUGGGAGGCCGGUCGGGGCUGGGCUCAGGGGCCGAGACCUAGCUGGGCUUGGUGCGGGGCCGAGACGGAGCGAGGGGUCCAGGGUGUGGGAAACGGGGAGGGGUUUGAGGAGGGGAUCGGAAUGUGGCUCAAGUUCGGGAGGCGUUACCUGCGGAGGGUUGGAGGCAGGUCCAGGAGCGAGCCCACGGUCUGCCGACGCGGGGCCAGGGGCGGGCCCCAGGAUCCGGAGCUUCGGGCGGGGCCGAGUCCGGGUUUGGGGCCCGGGAGGCGGGGCCAGUUAGGGCGAGGGUCCCUGGGAUCGUCAGGUCAGGCCUUGGGCUAACGUAGGCACUCGCAGUUCCUCCGCCUUCAGGAAGGUCUUUUUAGCAGGGGCCUUACGGGUGCGCGCUUCGGUCCUGGAGGCCUUAUGCUAGCCUCCUCUCCAUCAGCGCCACCCGUCUGGGGCCCGAAAGGAGGGAGCUUUCCGUCUGUCCCCCAGCCUUUGGACUGUCACCAAACAAGCCAUUCGUUCACCAAAUACUUAUUAAGCGCCUACCAUGUGCCUGACAACGGAGACGUAACGCUGUUGUUCCCCACCAGAACCAAAUGAGCGCAAGAUCUGACAAAGAAAAAAAAAGGUUCAUCUUUUAUUCCCCCAUACCCUUUCAUUUAAAUCAAGAGGAUGGGAUGUGGUUAUUGCUGUGCUUUUAGGCAGAAUCAACGGUUUCUGGGUCUGAGAUGUUGCAUACACCCUCUCAGUCCCUGUAUCCUGAGAUGGAGUCACCUGAGAAUCCACAGCAAGUCCUAACCAGGGAUGGGUCUGGGUGAUUAAGGAAGGUUGGCUUCAGAACUGGGCCAGGGGCACUGCUUUGCUUUUGCUGUUUUGAUCAGCUCUCUGCCUGCAGGAGACAAGGAAAAUCAAUGGGAACAGGCCAGACUGCAGUUGAUGCAGGGCAGGGGAGCCCUGAAGUGGAGCAUAGUGUGUCCGGAACUGGUGGGUUCUUGGUCUCACUGACUUCAAGAAUGAAGCCACGGACCCUCGGGGGAGAACGAGGCCCCCGAGGUCUUCCUGGACUCCGAGGUGAGGAAGUAUGCCCUGGUAUGAGGGGACCUAAGGGAGCAAGAGGAUUUUCAGGAGAGAAGGGCAACCCUGGUGAGGAAGGAGUUGAUGGCUUGGAUGGAGAACAGGGUAAUCGUGGAAUCCCAGGGUCAUCUGGAGAAAAAGGAAAUAGGGGAAAUCGGGGCUUGACGGGACCGCCAGGACAACCUGGAGAGCAUGGAGAGCCUGGGUUAAGGGGAGAUCCUGGGGAUCCUGGAACUAAUAGCUAUAUCCAAGGCCCUAAGGGAGAAAAAGGAAGGCGUGGGCGUCAGGGAAGUUCUAAUGUUGACGGACCUCAGGGAGAAACUGGAAAUGUCGGCCCUUGGGGGACAAUAGGAAGGCGAGGUCUGCCAGGAUUAAAGGGUGUGCCUGGAGAAUCCGGUGAACAGGGUUACCAAGGAGAGCUUGGGUAUCCAGGCUCACAGGGACCAAGAGGAAGGCAAGGACCACCAGGAACUUCUGGACAAAAAGGCUUAGUGGGUGCUCAGGGGAAUCCUGGGCCUCCAGGGCCAAAUGGUUCAAAAGGAAAAGCUGGACCAAGAGGAGUGAAGGGAGAGAUUGGUGAUAUAGGAGAAAGAGGCCCACAGGGUCGACAAGGACCAAGAGGGGCAACCUGGUAUUCCUGGUUCUGAUGGAUAUGGACAUCCAGGAAGAAAAGGAACAAAGGGUGAACCUGGAUUCCCUGGCUAUCCUGGUGCACAAGGAGAAGAUGGUGACCCGGGCCAUCAAGGAGAAAAGGGGGCAAAGGGAAUAAAAGGGAAGAGGGGUAAUGCUGGCUUUCCUGGAUUUGUUGGAACUUCGGGUGACCAAGGCCCACCAGGACAAAUGGGUAUCAAGGGCCCCAAAGGUUUGGUAGAUAUGAUGCCUUGCAAAAUUGUUGCUUUCACACGCGAAAACUGCCGUAAGUUGUUUCGGAAAGGCUCAAAAGGAGCCAGUGGUAUGAGCUGGGGAUGGAUUAUGGAUUAGGGGCAUAAGUCACCUGAGGCUUUGGCUGAGGUUUGGAAGGUGCCUUAUUCAUUGUGAAAGGCUCUUAUAAAUUCAUCCAUUGGGCUCAGUUGCCCUUUAGGUAAGUAAUCUUUCCCAAUGUGGUCUCAGAAAUAAAGUGGAUUGACAACAUGCCAUCUCAACGAUGAAGAGAAGCUCCACUGAGCAAUACUGUGCCCCAGGAGAUGUCAUAACUGCACACCUGUGUGCCUACAUCUUGCUGCUUCUUAUCACAAAACAGAGGAGCUUUGUUCUUUUUAUGUAACCCUAUUAAAUAGGAGGGAUCAAUAGUCACCCUUUGAGAAGAAAUCUGUCCUAUUUUAUUUACAGUUGUAUUUUGAAAAUGGAAUUAUGAACAAUCCCAUCUUAAGUAAUGUUUUGUCACAUCCUCAAGUUGGAAUUUAUUUAUUAUAUUCAAUGCAUUCCAGGAUAUUUGUGUCCUAUGAUAUCUACAGUUAUCUACUUAAUGGCCAUGGGGUGAGAAUGUUGAUUUAGCAAAUUGCUUAGUUUGGAAGUUUGGAUUUUCUCUGCAAUCAUCCUGCCCUUCUUACCCUAACCCUUCCAUGUUCUCUCUGUUCCCAUCCAGUGGCUAUUCAGAGAGAUUCUGGACUUCUUUUUCCUAUAAAUCAUAAAGAAUAAUACCAUCAGUGUGAUUAUGAAUUAAAAGAGUCUCAGAGUCAACCGUAUAAAAAGUUAAAACCCUUUUACAUUGAGGGAUGCCAUGAAGUCAAAAGUAAACAGAAAAGUGGGAAAAAAUAGUUUGCAGUAUAAGCAAAGGACACAGGCAAAGGAACUAACUUCCUUACUAUAUCAUGUUGAAAUAUAAAAAAUUGCUACUGCUCAGUCAUUUUUAUCUACAAACACAGACAUUGCAUAAUGGCUAAACCUAAAUGUAAAAACAAAAAAACACCACUUUUAGAAAAUGGGCAAAAGACAUGAAUGGGAGAUUCAGAAAAGAAAAUAUACAAAAGUACAAUAAACCUGUAAAAAUGUUCAACUUCACCAGAAGUCAUAGAAUAUAAAUUAAAACAAUGAGAUACCCAUUUUGUUUCUCACAUUGGAAGUGUUUUAAAAAUGCCAGAAAAAUUCCUAUUCAGAUUGGGAAAUGUGUAAGAGUACAUAUUGCUGAUGGGAGUGUAAAUUGAUACAACUUUUCUGAAGAGCAACUGGCUGGACCAUGCAUAUAAAAUCAAUACUUAUAGAGAUUUAUAUAGGGCAUGAUUGGACAAAUGUGCACAGAUACAUGUGCAAGUAUGCUCCUCAUAAAGGAUCAUCUAUAUAGUAGAAUAGAUGAUAUUGCUCUAAAUUUAUUGAUGGAAAAAAAUCAUUACACACUAAGUGAAUAAAGAUUCAGAAUAAAUAUAUCUUAA